UUCUUUUUAUUAGUCCCCCACUUUUUUUUCUCUUACCGCACAAUCGAAUGCAAAAAGUAUGCCACCAAGUAAUCUAGACGAUGCCCUUCGAGACCUUGAAAAGCAAGUGAUCGAUUUCUCGCUGACUGUCGACACAGACAACAGCCCUGUACCCACAACUGCAGCACCAGCAAUACACAAUAAUAGCAACUAUAAUAGCCGUCCGGACAGUUCAUCAAACAAUCCAAUGCAUCGCCAUGCCAGUCUUCGCAAAACGCCAACGUCUAGUUGCGUACCAAGUGAUGACGACGAUGACGAUAAUGUCUGCGUUGCCGAGUUACGCCACCGUGCGCAACAGCAAAAACAGUAUCCUGCUCAUAGCCGGUCAAACACCUUAAGAGGAACGAGAUCACGGGAUGCCAGCAACAAUGACAACAGUUUAAACCUGAAGCGAAGUGUCAGCACCGGCGGAAACAGUCGGUUCAAGAUAACUGAACCGGUGCCUCCUUUACCGUCCAAUCUAGCUGUACCCCCCAAGGAUCCCUCUGGCGAUGACGAUGAUCAAGAUCUCAAGGCAGCUAUGCACUGUGCCUGGGCUGUACUAGAAGCCGGAGGCGAAGGUGCAGAUGCAUCCAAUAACAAGUCUGUGGAAGCAACUGCUCAGCAAGCAAUCGCUUCGGCAAACAUGGACAAAUCAGUCAAAAGUAGUGGUGGUGGUAGCUUUGGCACUGGCGGUGUGUCCAUGAAAGUCAUCACUAUCCGUAUUUAUAUCAAUGACGGAUCAGUGCACAAGACAGUGCAAUUGACAAACAUGCUGACUGCAGCAAUGGUGCUCCAGUAUCUGAGAAAGAAGGGUCUUGUGGAUAAAAGCGAGGACUGGUCAUUGUUCGAAGUUGCUUACAGUCAUGACGUUGAACGUCCCCUGCGCGACUGGGAAAUUGUCAUGGAUGCAACGUCAACUUGGGAGCAAGAUACAACGAAUCUGCUGCUUGUCAAAAAAUACAAAUACCGUGACUCACUGAUGGCUGAUAGCGUACUUCAAAAGCGUUAUCCCCCUAAUUAUGGAUGGCUUUCGAUCGAGUUAAAAAAGGGCAGAUGGCAACGACGGUUCUUUUAUAUUAUGGAUAAUGCGAUACAUCAUGCCAAGGACAACAAAGGGACAGGUUCAACCCCACUAUGCCACUUGUCAGCUUUCGACGUGUAUACAAUGCUGCAUCAUGUUCGUGGAUCACCAACCGAAUUUGUAUUCGCUGUGCGUGCGCAAGACAAACCUCAUAUAUUCGAGCGACCAGAAGAUUACAUGCACCUAUUGGCAGCGGACGACUAUGAUUCUCUACGACAAUGGGUGCUCAGCAUUCGAUGUGCGAAGAACGCUUUGAACUAUCAAAUGUAUCCUCACCGUGUUAUGAACCCGUUGGGCCCUAUUGAUGCGCCUGCUUCGACUGCGCCCCUAACUUCAUCCGUGGAAAGUAGUAGAGGAACGGCAAAUGGAGAAGAAACGGUUUUGGUAAACCGGAGCAACACGCUGCGCCGACACAAGUCAACAAAAGAAUUUUCACGAUCCAGUCCAUCAUCUGCAGGCAACGAAGAAAUCAACAAAAGCGGCAGUGGCAAUGGAUUAUCGCGGCACAGCAGUAGACGAGGUCGCGGAGGCAGGGAUGGUGCUGAUGGCCCGCUGAUAAAUCCCUACGACCGUGAUCCCUUUUCCAAGGGCUCACUCCUAGCAAACAGCAUUGCCAACAGUGAAAAUGAACCCCUCGAGAACUCUACCGCCAGACAAAUCGUAGCACUCCCAUCAGAAGAUUUAUCGUCAUCGUCACAACCUCAAACGCUCAUCCAGAUAGAUGAUAGAGUCAAGUUCUCCAAGGGAUCUUUGCUUGAAAAGUCCACGCAUGGUGCGACUGCCGUCAGCAGUAGUGGUGAAUCCAAAUUAUCACGAUCCAGAAGCACCCGUGAUUCAAAUCAUCACCAUCAUCACAAUACCGAUGGUGGAGCAGCAGCAGCAGCCACGUCAGUACCCUCAGCAUCAGCAGCCAUAGGAGGAGGAGAAACGCGACGCCAAAUGUCUGUUCGACGAAAGCCUACCACUUCUCGAAGUCGUCGACAUGAUGUUCCAAUGCCUGCGUCUUCUGCAGUACCUGUGCCUCCAAAUGGACCGUUGCUACGACCAGAUGAGGAUCCUGAACAAGCACAUACCAGAAAGCUAAUGGAGCGACAGAUAAAGCCUUUAAUUAACUUUAACGAACCUUCCACGUUUGAUCCUCGAAAACGAUAGGACUUAGCAACAACUAGCACACACACAGUUCAUUUUAUACCAGUUUUAGAUGAAGUUUUUUGAUAGAUUUGGCUGCAUUAUCAUAUUUUCCAAGAAUAUUUAUUCCCGUUCCCUCUCUCUUCCUCUCCUUUUUACCUUUCCUCUAUUUCUUCUACAAUGAAAAGGCAUCGUCAAAAAUAGUUUUAUUUCGUCGUGUAUAGUGAUCAACG